CAGAACGCAAUGUGGCUUGUUUAUGCAAUACUCGCUUACUGUUCAGAUCCAAAUCCAUUGUGUCCCAACUCCCAAGUCAGAGAGGCCGGGAUGGUAAUAGCACAAAGUUUGCUAUGGAAAGAAAUCACUCUACUGAAAAAAAUACAACAUAUGGUCCUUUCCUUAACCGAAUCAGGGGCUAGGCUUUUCGUUACUAGAUUCUUGGAACAAUUCAUAUCCAUCGGUUGUGUAACGAUACUAGAAGAAGGAGGAACGAUGUUCAUAUUCGGGGAAAAAGAUUCUACUUGCCCUUUGAAAUCUAUCCUCAAGAUUCACAGUCCUCAGUUUUACUGGAAGGUUAUGACACAAGCAGAUUUAGGACUCGCAGAUGCUUAUAUCAGUGGAGAUUUUUCUUUCGUCGAUAAAGACUCAGGACUUUUGAAUUUGAUUAUGAUUCUCAUCGCUAACAGAGACCAGCGCUCACCAAAAUCAAACCUUGUUAAGAAAAGGGGAUGGUGGACCCCGGUGUUUCUAACUGCCGGUUUAGCAUCCGUAAAAUAUUAUCUAAAGCAUGUCUUAAAACAGAACACUCUAACUCAAGCUCGAAAGAACAUUUCUAGUCACUAUGACCUUAGCAACGAGUUUUUCGGUCUCUUCAUGGAUGAUACCAUGAUGUACUCCUCUGCAAUAUUCAAGUCAGAAAAUGAGGAUCCUAGAACUGCACAGAUGAGAAAAAUAUCUCUUUUAAUUGAAAAGGCGAGGAUAGAGAAGAACCAUGAGGUCUUAGAGAUGGGAUGCGGAUGGGGAACUUUUGCCAUAGAAGUUGUGAAAAGAACUGGAUGCAAAUACACUGGCAUUACUCUUUCUAUUGAACAGCUUAAAUAUGCAAAAGCAAAAGUGAAAGAAGCUGGACUUCAGGGUCGGAUUACGUUUAUGCUCUGCGAUUAUCGCCAACUAUCUGAUGCUCGCAAAUAUGACAGAAUUAUAGCUUGUGAGAUGAUAGAAGCGGUUGGCCACGAGUUUAUGGAUAAGUUUUUCAGUUGUUGUGAAGAUGCGCUUGCAGAAAACGGCAUUUUUGUCCUACAGUUCACAGCGAUACCCGAGGCUCUUUACGACGAGAGCAGACUAACUUCAGGUUUCAUAACGGAAUACAUAUUCCCUGGUGGAUGUCUUCCUUCUUUAGCCAGAGUUACUUCAGCCAUGGCCUCUUCCUCUAGGCUAUGCAUUGAAAACGUUGAGAACAUUGGGAUCCAUUACUACCACACGUUGAGAUGUUGGAGGAAGAACUUUUUGGAGAGACAAAAACAAAUCAUCGAUCUUGGAUUCGACGAUAAAUUCAUAAGGACAUGGGAAUAUUAUUUCGACUAUUGUGCAGCUGGUUUCAAGACUCUUACCCUUAGAAGCUACCAGAUAGUUUUCUCACGCCCAGGGAACGUCGCUGCGUUCGGUGAUGAUGAUCCAUUCCGCAGUUCCACUAGAAAAAACAACAUUAUAUAGAUGAAACAAAAGAUUAUCUUAGACGCUCGAAAAUGUUCUGCUUUCAUGAUUGAUUAUGCAUUCUGUAUAAACAGCUUUUCUCUGUCCAGACCAUUAUAAAGCAAAAGAUUAUACAUAACCUGAAAUGUGUGUGAACAUUUAUUCAAGCUGUUAUGGUGCAAUGGUUCACUUCCAUUGAAAAAAACUUUACUGCUGUCCAAGAUUGAGUACUAUGAUGUAACUCAAGAUCUCUGUGAAAGGGCUAACACAUGGACAAAACGGUCAAUACUACACAUAAUUACAUGAGACACAUGGAUGCAAAUACACUGAUAGCUUUCUCACGUCCAAGGAACAUAGUUUUUAUUCGGUGAAGAUGUGUGACAGGACUAAAAUCACAGUCCAUUUCUUUCUCUACCGCACUAUUUCAAUAAAUAUCUAAACCCAUUUUCGGUUUGUUCAUCCGGUCAAGCUUUGUAAAAUUCAACCUUGGCCAGAUGUUGGACCACACAAACCUUGUGUACACAUGUGUCAUUUGAAGAAUAUAAUCAAUAGUUU